CUGCACGGCGCCAUGGCGGUUGGCAAAAACAAGCGCCUUACAAAAGGUGGCAAAAAAGGAGCUAAGAAGAAAGUGGUGGAUCCAUUUUCUAAGAAAGACUGGUAUGAUGUGAAAGCACCAGCCAUGUUCAAUAUAAGAAAUAUUGGGAAAACACUAGUCACCAGGACUCAAGGAACCAAAAUUGCAUCUGAUGGCCUCAAGGGUCGAGUUUUUGAAGUGAGCCUUGCUGAUCUGCAAAACGAGGUUGCCUUUAGAAAAUUUAAGUUAAUUACUGAGGAUGUUCAGGGCAAAAACUGCCUGACCAGCUUCCAUGGCAUGGACCUUAAGCGGGACAAGAUGUGCUCCAUGGUCAAGAAAUGGCAGACCAUGAUUGAAGCUCAUGUUGAUGUCAAGACUACCGAUGGGUAUCUGCUUCGUCUUUUCUGUGUUGGUUUCACUAAAAAACGCAAUAAUCCGAUUCGGAAGACCUCUUAUGCUCAGCACCAGCAGGUCCGCCAAAUCCGAAAGAAAAUGAUGGAGAUCAUGACCCGAGAGGUGCAGACAAAUGACUUGAAAGAAGUGGUCAGUAAAUGGAUUCCAGACAGCAUUGGGAAAGACAUAGAAAGCUGCCAGUCUAUUUCUCCUCUCCAUGAUGUGUGUGUCAGAAAAGUAAAGAUGCUGAAAAAGCCCAAGUUUGAGUUGGGAAAACUCAUGGAGCUUCAUGGUGAAGGUGGCAGUUCUGGAAAAACUACAGGUGAUGAGACAGGUGCAAAAGUGGAACGAGCUGAUGGCUAUGAGCCACCAGUUCAAGAAUCUGUUUAAAAUUCAGACUUAAUGUUGACAAAUAAAAGAUCUUAUUGUG